AUGCGAGACGAAAUGAAAGUGCUCGAGCGCGAGUAUCUGCGUCUGGCAACACGCGCGGCAACGGCGUCCAGUGACGCCACUUCGGAAGAAGACGCUAGCGACAACGACCAGCACGAACGCGGCAUCCUAUUGGACCCGACGCAGGUGCAGACACUGCGCAAAAAGUUCCUCCGUCUCUCGUCGGAAGCGGCUGCGCUGCGUAAAGAACAGAAACAACUACACAAGAUCCUGAACGUGCAGCAACUUUUCCGUGACUCUUCCCAGGCGCUGGCUGCGGAAUUCACAGGAUCGGACUGUGAUCCGAGGCUGAAUGCCGUGCACCACGCGCACUUCGAGCCCUUGGCAACUGAAACGUGCUUUUCCAUCAUGCGCGACUCGUACGACGUCAUCACGCGGUUCGAAGCGGGCCAGGACUUUGUUACGACCGGAUCGUCGCUCUUUGGGUGGAGCGACCGGCGUCGCCUGGACGACGACGAGUCCAAGAUGAUUUUCUGCUUCCGUAAAAUGUUCGAGAACCAGAGCUGCGAGCGCCUCAUGGAGGAAUCCUGGCGCACUUUUUCCGAUCUAGAAUUUAUGCGCCGUGUGGUAUUUUCCUCCAAAGUGGGUCUAGAUCUCGAGAUCUUGCAGGUGGUGAACCGCGACGCGCUUGUGGUGCGUCGCCACACCAACUAUCGCGCCAUGGGACGUAGUUUCCACACAGUCUACUUGUUGUUCCGACUGCAGACUGCAAAUGGCUACACCGUGUGUUUCCGCACGAUUCCAGCACCGGGCAUCCAGCAGGCACUGGGUGAGGGAGAGGCGUGGAUCGAUCUCUUUCAUUGGACGACUCUGUCGCGCGUACCAGAUGCAGACGGUGUGCUCACGGGCUGCGAGAUCUCGUUCGGUGGGUCGAUUGGCGCUGGUGUGAUGAAUUUUGCGGCACACUGGAUGCUCGAGCUCAUUAUGACCGUUGUGCGCUGGGAAAACGCUUGUGUGGCCCCUCUCUUUAUCAAGUAG